AUUUCUUUGCAUUUUAAACGAAAAACGAAAUUAAAUAAAGUAAAAUACAAAACGAAAUAAAAAAAGAGAAAGCGAGCAGCUCAAAACGUAACGAAGAAAAACCCAAGUGCCGUGGAAAAACCAAAGUCUAAGCCUACGAGCAACUGAAGCCAGCGGAAAAUCCGAGGAUAUAGUGGCUAUAAAUAGUGGAAUCAAAAUUAGAAGCCGACGGGUGACAGCAACUAGUUGUCAGCAACCAGCAACUUGACUAGCGAAGGGUCGACGACAGAGGCCAACAAGGUUCAAGCUUCAGCUCCGGACUCCAACUCCAACUCCACCUUGGAGCUCAGGCCAGACCAGGCCAGGAACCGCCCCCCAGCUACUCCCCCGGGAGAAGAAGGAGACAAUUGAUUAUUGAUUUUGUCUAAAGCCAGCAAAGAACUUCACAGCUUAACGCAAAACAAACUUGGCAAAGGGGCUAAGCUAAGCAGGGAAAAAACACGUUGACGCUGAAGGGGAGGCCGGAAAAAGCAAGAGUCGGGAAAACUCCGGAGUUGGCCGUCAGUGUUGUGCAAUGCCAGGCUUAGGCCGGCCCAGUGUUGGUCAGUGGCGUGGCGCCUGAAGACCCACAAGAGCGCCGUGUGGCCAUAAGUGCUUCUUGGGCCGAAAGCAGAGUAGCAACAGCAACUAUCCUCCUCGUCUCGAGAGCGGGACAAGCCCUCACCAAACCACAGCAACCUACCGCCAACCACCCACCACCACCCACCACCUACCGUUAUCAUAACAUACCAUACCAUACCAUAUACCCUUCCCUCUAAUCGAUCCCCUGAGCCGCCAAGAUAAGCCGUCUAGUCGAGAAGCUGCGCCAGACCAACAAACGCAGGAUGUUCAGCUCGCUGGCCCAGACGCUCCUCUGCGUCCUGCUCGUCCAGAGCGGCCUCUAUGCCCUCCACCUGAGCGGCAAUGGCAACAGCGGCGACAAGUCCUUGGGCGAGGUGGCCAAGGGCCUCCAGUCGUCAUCAUCAUCUUCGUCGUCGUCGCCCAGCCAACCGAUCGGACCCUCGCCGGGUUCUAGUGGUGCCUGGCAGACGGCGCCGUCGCAACAGCAGCAGCACCAGCAGCAUCCGGGCGGAUCUCCGCCAGGCGGCGGAUCCUCGCGUGGUCCUGGUCACCGAUCCGCCGCAGCGGCCGCCUUCGAUGCCACCACCGUGCGGCUGAACAAGGAGAUCGCCGACAUGGCCCAGCUGGAGCGCGAGCGGCUGAUGAUUCUGGCCCGCGAAAAGCAGACGGCGGAGAGCCAGGGCAAUCAUCGGGGCCAUCCCUUCAUCACCGGUCGCAUCCAGAUGCAGCCCAGCGAGGAGCUGGAUGUGGGUGACUAUCCGGCCCUGCUGCAGCAGGCCGCUCGCGGCUACAUCUUCGGCAAUGUCCAGAAGCAGCCGCCCAGUCCGCUCAAUCUGGAGGAGGACUACGAGCAGCUAAGGGAGAUGGAGCACAGGCCGGUGAAAUAUUACGGCCGGGUGGUGCAGCCGGAGGAGCGGGAGCAGGAGCAGCAGCAGGCAGAGUCUCUCUACGAGCCGUUGCACUCCUUCGGCGACUUCGAUGACUUCUCGGAGCUGGAACAGGAGCCGGAUCCGCCGCAUCUGGGCGAGGAUGAGCUGCUGCGCGAACUGGAUGCGUAUCAGUAUCACGGCCUGGAGGAGGAUCCCCUGCCCGAGAAUCCGUAUCGCACGCUGGAGCAACUGGAGCUGGCUGCCCCCGAUUCGCUGCAGCAGCUCUUCGAGCAGGAGCAGGAGCAGCGGGAUGCUCCCAUGAAGGCCAUGCACUCGGGCAAGACCCACACUAAUCCCGGUGGCUACAAUAUAAGGACCCAGCAGAAGUGGGCACGGAAGCGUAAUGGCCAGGGACUGGUCGGUCAUAGCUCCGGAGCGGAGAAGCAGCUCCAGCGUCAGAUCUUUGCCCAGCACUUUAAGCCGCAGCGCAGCAAUGGUGGCAAGCUAUCGCUCUCGGCCAACGCGGAGGCCACGGCCAGCAAGCACCUGAAGCCCUCAAGUCGCUCCGGCUCAAAGGAUACCGAGAAACCCAACAAUGGGCUGGGAGGCAGUGCUUCCUCCUCGCCUGCCGCCGAGGGAAAACCGAAGCAGCAGCAACAGCCAGCGGAACAGCAGCAGUCGCAGGACAAGAAGGAUCCUAGCCACAAGAGAUCCGGCGGAACGGUGGGAUCACCGGGUGGCGGCUACUCGGCACAGCCACCCAUGUCCCACAGCAUAGCCAGCCAGCUGAUGCUGCGCACCGCCCGCGGUCAACGGCAGUACGAUGUGCCACAAAUCGAAUGCCCCACCGCCAUGGAUGGCAUGGAGCGGUUCGCCUGCCCAAUACCCGACCGGCAGGGCAGGUAUCGCUGCAUAGACGACCAUGUCCUGUGCGACGGCUUCAUUGACUGUCCCGAUGGCGAGGACGAGGACCGGAGAUCCUGCAUGUUCUACAAGACGACGAAGGCUCACUUGGAUGUGUUAGCGGAUGCGUUACUGCGCUGGGCGCGAGGGCGUUAAGCUCCACCCCUCCACCCCUCCCCACCAAACACACACACACACACACCACACACUUUAAAGUUUAAACAUUUAUGACAAAAGAUUAGUUUUAACGUGUUCGCCCCCCUUCCCCAACCAAGUCAAGCAAAAGUCUAUUAAGUUGAAACAUUACUCGAAAAGCACCACACACACAGACUCCCGCCUGUCCUUUGACGAGAGAGAAAAUCCAGAGGAAAAUUCCCCAGAAAAAAAUAACAAUACAAGCCAGAAAAAAAGUAAAAUCCAGCAUCUUGCAAAAAAAAGAAAACAUAAUUAAAGACAAAGCUGAAUGGAUUGCCAAGUAAGAGAACAAAAUGAUUAAAAACAAAAUGAGGCAGCGAUUAUGCUUAAAUGAAAGGUAUGAUUAUUAUUACACUAUUAUUAUUAAAAAUUAACUUAAUGAAAGCCCAAGAACAAAAAGCAGUUAUACAUACUAAAGCUAAAUUAUAAUUCCACAAAACAAAACAAAACGAAAAAGAAAAACAAACUAAAAAUGGGAUAAAAACAAGACAAAAACCAAGCUGUUCUCUUUUCAUUUUGGAAUUUGUUUCGCCGGAUAAAAAUAAUUGGGCCUAACUAUUUUUAGUAUACAUUAAAUAAAAAUAUAUUAUAAAUAUAUCUUAC